GUUUGGGUUGCAUCGCACUCACCUGUGAUGACAGUGUCUCAGACUUCUUCUUCUCACAGCUAUACUGGCACAAGUUUGACCUUCACCUGUCUCUGUUGUCUCCAGUGUCUCUCGGUUUCUCCCCACACAUUGUCCCUCAGCAGCAACAUCAGGAAAACUGUUACUUUCAAGACUAGUUGCACAGUCAUUUUGGGAGUCUCUUUUAUCAAGUCAUACUUCCCUUGUUUUUCUGGGCAGUCAGUGGUAGAUGAUGCCACAUCAUAUUGCCCUCUUCUUGCACUGAAGUAGAUGUCACCAGGACCACAGUGUUCAGGUCCUCUUGACUAGGAUCAGAUUUUUCCUCCAGAUUUUUUCCUCCGCAUUCCUCCUGCUAAUUGAUAAAUCUUUUCAUCCUAGUUAGCUGCCUCAUAUAUUUAAUUCACUAAUUUUUCAGCUGCUCAAGUGAAAAGCUUAAUUGUUUAGCCGCAGUAAAGUAGCAAAGCAUCUUCCUAUAGGUUUUGCUGAUCUGAUUUUUACUUGAGAGAUUAACUUUCUUCCCCAAAAUGAUGUACCACAUGGACAUAUUACUUCAAAAUUAUAUACUUAUUUAUUUCUAGUUGACUUUUAGUUUAUGUCUUUUUGUAAAAAAAAAAAAAAAAGGAGAAUUUUCAACAAAAAAAUGUUGGACUACUGAAAAGUAUGAAUACUUGGUUGGGGCUCCCUUUGCAUGUGGGCAGGUACCAAAGUCUGUGGUGAGCAGAGGGAAACAUGAAGUGCUCUAAAACGUCUUGGUAGACUGCUGCGCUGACCUUGGACCAGAUAAAACACAGUGGACCAACACCAGCAGAUCACAGAGUUCCCCAAACCACCACUGACUGGGGAAACUACACUUCACCUCAAGCGACUUGGAUUCUGUGCCUCUUCUCUCCUCCUCCAGACUCUGGGACCCUGAUUUGCAAAAGAAAUGUCAAAUUUACUUUGAGCUGAAAAAAGAACUCUGAGCCACUGAGCAGCAGUCCAGUUCUUUUUGUCCUUAGCCCAGGAAAGACGCCUCAGAUGUUGUCUCUGGUUCAAGAGUGGCCCAUGUUCUGGAUCUGUCUGUGAAUGGUGGCUCCUGAAGCACUGACUCUAGCAGAAGUCCCAGCCUUCCCCAUAAUUGUGUGGCCUACUGAUCCAGACUGGUGGACCAUUAAAUAAUAAUUAUAUUAAUAAUAAUAAAUGUUAUUUAUAACACACUUUUACUCAAAGACGCUUUACAAAAAAAAAAAAAAAAUAGAAUACACAAAAUUUUAAGGAGUAAGACAAACAAUGUAAAAGGUAAAAAAAGACACAAUAUGAAAAGACAAUAAAAGAACAGCUGACAGGUUGAAAGCCAAUUGACAAAGGUGUGCUUUAGAAGUGAUUUGAAGGUAUAGGGGUCUGUACAGUCUCUCUCAGAUGGGUUUGGGGAGUGAAUUCCAGAGGCCAAGAACACCUUUGCAGGCGUUUUGAGUUAAUUAUCUGAUUAAAUUGUGACACCAUGAGUCUUCAAUAUUUAAUAUCUUCAUAAUAUACUAAUUUCUGAGGGACUGGAUUUCGGGUUUUUUUAUUGGCUGUAAGUUACAAUCAUCAAAAUGAAAAGAAAUUAACACUUAAAAUAUAUCGGUCUGGUGAUAAAUCCAUAUAAUACACUAGUUUCACGUUUUUAUCUGAAUGACAGAAAGAAAUAAACUUUUUGAUUAUAUUAUAAUUUAUGGAGAUGCACCUGUAUUUAAUGUCUUGAAGAGGUUAAGGAUCAAAAACAUGAAACCAGCUUUGAAAUUCUGCCGAAAAGAAUAGAAAUGAUUUAUAAAAAGCCUGAAAAUUUCACGUAUUUCAGGACCGUUAGAGUUUUGUGGUUGUUUUCCAUUUUUUUAAACGUAAUUAAUAAAACCACCCGACUCUGAUGAUACAAGGAGAAACUCCAAACCCUUUCUUUUUGAAAAUCUGCAUUUCAGCGCCACCUUGUGGAUAUUUGUUUUUGUGAAAGGACGUACAACAAGGCAUAGAUAUAUAUACAUACGCUAGAUGUCUUACGCACACUGUUGAUCAAUGGAGACCGACAUCCGCGCAUCCAAGUAUGUUAUAUUAGUAAUAUUUCUAUUAUAGGGAUAACUAUAAUAACAUACAGCAAUGACAUAUACAAAUAUUUAUUUUCAACAAUUUCUGCUUCGUGUUUCCAUUUUAGAUGUUUUUAACAAACCGAACAGCAGAAAUCAUGUGCAAAUUCAGUUCUGUUGAAUCGAAAGAGCAUUUCUGCCUCUUUAACUGAUGUAAAAUAAACUUUGUAAUAUGUACUUGGUCUCACUUACAGUGAAUCUGUUAGCCAAGUUAGACAGCUGAUAAAGACAAACACAUCCACAAAGACUGUCACUUAGACUAAAAUUAUUGACUGUCAUACAAAAAAUAAAUACAUAAAAUCUCGAUUGUGGUCUCAGCCUUGACAAAGCGACUUAAAGUUAGCCAUUGCGCGCAAAUAGCUGUGAAAUAACUGUGCUUCAUGAUUAAGUCUUUUUUUUUCUCAAAGUAAAUCUGCCAUUUAAUAUGUCCAAGCAUCCAGACUCACAGCCACAUUAUUGAAGUCUGUAAUAAACAAAACCGUUUACAAAUCUGUCAAGAUUUCAGAGAGUUAAGAAUAUUUUUGAUCAUGCAGACCACUCACCUCCCGUCAGCUACCAUAGAGCGUACCAGAAUCGUAUACUGGAGUAAGAUGGCCGCCGUGGAGGGACGCCGGAUAUCUAUGCAGCAAGAGGUCAUAGUUGAAUUAUGACGCAAGCACGUAAAUGGAGACGCAACAGUCGGAAAACGUAGUCAGAGCGGGCAUCUAGUAAACAAGUUUGUCUAUUUAAUUUCUCAUCGAUAUAUCGAUCCGUCCUUGAUGCGCGUUGGUACGCUAAUAGUCUCUCUUCAAUACGCGGUGAAUUCACGCAUAAAAAACGACCAAACUCACCGCUAAAGCUGACUGCUGCUGAGCUAGGUUAGCAUGAUAGCUAGCUGUCAGCAGCGUUAGGAUGGAUGCUGUGAGUGUGGUCGAAGAUGAAGUUUCUCUGGAGGGGCUGGACGGCAUCACUCUGCCCUGUCUGUGGAUCCGACUGGAGGACAGAGAGCCCAAGUUUCCUCUCAAACUCGACGACUGCACCAAAGAGCUCAUCUGGAAAUCUCUCAUCAGGAACACCGACCUGAAGUUUUACGAGCUUCCUCAGGAGAGAGACGACGUAGAGCUGAUCGACAGGUAAGGGGGAGCGUGCACAGGUGUGCGUGCUGUCAGAAAGCCUCAGGUCAACCACAGUCUGUGUUUUAAGACGAGAAAAUCAGAGCAGGUUUCAAGGAUACCGCAUUCACAGAUCCCAGAAGACUCUCACCGGGUGAUUUCCCCCUGAACAAACAUGUUUUCAGGUGAUUUUUAUGAUGUUGCGUUUGUCUGGGUCCCUGGGUAGCUUUAGCAUUGUCUUUGUACGGUGGCCGAGAACCGCCACUGCUGCAAAAAGAAAAAAAAAGAAGUCACAACAGAAGUUACUGAUGCAAAAAAAAAAAAAGAAACCGAAGCCCGCUGCAAAAAAAACAACAAAAAACAAAAACGGUGUGGAUAAAUAAAAAUAAAAAAACGCCACAUUGGAAGUUUACAACGCAAAAAAAAAAGUGUUGAUGGGGGAAAAAAAGAGUUACUUACAGUGAAAAUUAAAGGAUGCAAAUAAAAAAAGCUACAACAGAAGUGAACUGCGGGGGACCAAUAAUGAUGGUGCACCGGUGUUUUACGAUCUAGGCACAGGAGACGACGACGAAAAGACGAACAAAGAAGUAAGUGGAAAGGUUAUUGAUGUGUCAUGUGGUUGGGCCAUGUAACGCCUGAGUCAAUAUGAAGUUAAUCUGAAGCUAACACUACACCAGCAUCCUCCAGUUUAACUUCAGAUGGACUUAAAAUGACACAUUAAAAAGUUUACGAAGCGAAAUUAAACAAUAACCUUUCCACUUACUUCUUUGUUCGUCUUAUUUUCGCAUUUAAGUAAUUUUUUUUUACCGCUGUGACAGUUUGCAAAGGGUAUGAAUAAUUUUGGACAUGCCACUUUUAGUUCAAAUGUCAAUAAAAGCUUUGAAGUAUUUCUUUCCACGAUGAUGCCUCUUGUGCAUCAUCUUAUUAUCUUAUGGGAGAUGUCUGUGUCAUUUACAAUUAAUAAAAAACUUGCUGGUUGAAUAAAAGUAACUUUAAGUCAAAAUUUGCCAGAGGUAUGAACAAUUUUGGACUUGACUGUGUGUGUGUGUGUAUAUAUAUAUGUAUAUAUAUAUAUAUAUAUGUGUGUAUAUAUAUAUAUAUAUAUAUAUAUAUGUGUGUGUGUGUGUGUGUAUGUAUAUAUAUAUAUAUAUAUAUAUAUAUACAUGUGUGAGUUAAUUGUUCAUGAAUGCCUAACUUUAGUUAUUUUGAUGCAUUUUUAUAUGGUUCCCUCAUGGUCCUUUUUUCCUUCCUUUGGACAUUACACAGUUAAAAAUAAAAGAAAACUACUUUAAUUUGUCAUGUAUUGUCCUAUUUUGAUAUAUUUUCAUGUACUUUUUCUUGGGUGUAUUAUUUCAGGUAAAAAUCACCACUAUCAUAGUGAUAGUGAUAGUGAUGGUGUUACUAAUUUUCACAGUCGUGGUCUCGGGUUAAGAAGAGGCUCAAGACUCACCUUUUAAACCAGGCUUUUCACUGACUGCCUUUUCAUAUUUCUCUUAUUCUAAAUGUUCAUUUUAAUCGAAGCUCAUAAUGUUUCUUAUAUGUAAUCUUAUUCAUUAUCUCUGUUCUUAGUUUGGUUUUUACUUCUUUUACCCUUUUAUAUGGUAAAGAGCUCUUACUUAUCUGUUCAUUUAAUAUUAUUUUCUUGUUUUAGUCCAUCAGGUUUUUAGCUUCUGUGAGACACUUACUUCAGAGUCUUUCACCACAGAGGCGUCCAGAGUUUGGUUUUGUAUCCUCAACCAGUGUUACAAUUUAAGUGAGAAGAGCUACUUAAUCAGCACUCUUGUUUCGGGAUUAUCCGCCCGUUAAACAUGCCUCUGUGGUUGCACUUGAAUGCUCUGACUCUGUUUUCAUGUUCGUCUGUGUUUACAGAUUUAAAGACACCGACCCAGAAACAGGCACCGAGAUAACACAGAAUUUCUCUGACUUGAGGAAAGACGUCUACCCGGUCCACAUCAUCCUAGAAAACAAAGAUGGGAUUCAGGGAUCAUGUGCAACCUUCAAUGAGAGGACGGAUAUCACAAAGCUUAUCCGCUCCAAAUCCCUCACCCCGAUCCUCACCCUACAGCAGGCUUUUGAGAGGUUUGUAGAAUGAGUUUGAUCUGUGAAGAUGCUCCCAGUCACCCUCGUCCUCUCAAAAUGUAAUUUAACAGGCAGCUGGACUCGGUUGUCUACAGAUUUUGAAAAAAAAAACCAUGAUGAGAGCAUCCACAUGAAAAUAUAAACAAUUAGUUGGUAAAUUACACUUUCAAAGAGCUCAAAGUAGGGUUUUAAACCUCUUUAAAUAAAGUGGAAUUGUUCAGUUUUCUUGUGUUAGAGUUUAACUCCUUCCCCUUUAACCCGCACCCUUACAGAUAUGGCCGAAAGCUCGUUAUCGUUGCAUCUCAGAUGCUACGAUUCAGGUCCCUGAUUGGUGCGGAGAGCGACCCUGAUCUCAAAUUCACAGAUGACUCUUACUGCGUGUUGGAACGUAUCGGCCGUGCUCGAUGGCAGGGAGAGAUGCAGCGUGAUCUGCACAGAUGCUCCUUCAAGUAGGAAACACCAAAUACAGACUCAGUAAGCACGGUGUCACCGCUGCUCUGUGUUCAAUCAAAACCCGUCUUCUGCUUCAACAGGAUCGACGCUCGAAAAGCACACUACUUGAGGAAGUCUCUGGUCAGAAGUGGACUCAUCACAGUGCAGGCUUAUGUCACACGUGCACGGGCAGGACAGCAGCAGCACUCGGUCCUGCUGCUGCUCAAACGCUUUCAUGUAAACAGGUCUGUUCACGAGGGGUGAUGGCAAAAAAUGCCACCUUUUUCAUCAGAGCAGGGUUCCUACAGUCUAAUCGAACGACCUUGAACCUCCUGUGUGUUUUUACAGGAGGGGUAAAUACGACCUUCUGAUGGAGUAUGUGUCAGACCUCCUCCAGCAGAUGCCCGGUCAGUUCACCACCCUGGUAUCACUCCGACAACAGCUCGUAAGUCCCUCUCUGCAGCUUUAGCAGGUCUCUUUCCUCAUUCAUUUGUGUUUCUGAUUGUGUUUUUCCUUCUGUACUCUUCACAGGAUGUCAGUGACAGCACAUUUAAGCGCACCUUUCAGUACAUGCGAACCGCCAAGAUGGCUGAAUAUUGCAUGUAUCCUCUGGAGGACUUGGACCCUGGCGCCGGGCCCUGCGUCAACAAAAAAGGUAGAAUUAAGAAAUUAGGAAAUGAAGUCUACCUGCUCAGCAACAAUAACCUUAAAGGGAUAUUCCAACGUAAAAUUAAUUUAGGGUCAAACACUGAGUUAGACACCCCAUCCAGAGAUGAAUGUUGCUGAUUGCUCUCUUCUCUAGUUAUACCAACUUUAGUAACGACCGCAGGAUAGAAAUACACAGCGGUCUGAGGAGCCAUAAACAAACCUCAACCAAAACGCCACUCUAUAGCCACAAAUAAUGCUCAGAACAGCACCUAACUUCAUCAACAGGACAUAUAGGGUUACAGCCAUAGUACUAGACACCAAACAUCUUUUUAACUUUGACUAAUUUCUUUAACAAAGAGACUAAACACAACUCACCUACUCUCUUCCAGCAGACGCUUGUCGGGCCAGUCCAUUACGGACUUCAGCGGGGUGACACAGCUCAAGGAAGAACAUUUAUGUUCAUUUCUUCAUGGAAAUACAAUCAGACUGAGACGCUAAAGCAGAAGAACUACCACGUCUGCAGAGCAAAAUGAUUAAUAUGAUGAUUAUUACUUCAAGGAAAUGAUAAAGAAAUGAUCAUAAAUGUUCUUCCUUGAGCUGUGGCACCCCGCUGUAGUCCAUGAUGGACUGGCCUGAGGUCUCUCUACAAACAAGCGGCUGCUGGAAGAGAGUAGAUUAGUUGUUUUUAGUCUCUUUGCUAAAGAAAUUAGGGGGUCUAACUCAGUGUUCUGGUGUGUUUGACUCUAAAUUACCGGAAUAUCCCUUUAAACAGAGUCUGUCAUUUUAGAUACACAGCAUUAUUAUGAUAAUUAGUGUCUGAAUAUUAAUAUCAUGAGUUGAUAUGGUCACCAAAGCUGUAGGUAUACACUCCUUUUUUCAGUCACUUUUGAAUUCUUCUUAUUCAUUUUCGUCCAUCAUCCUGAAAAUAUUCAUUUCACCGUCAAACUUCAAGUUUUUCUAUAUUUCUCGUCUGAAAACUGAAUCUCUGGACAGCUUUGUGUUUUUUGCCUCAUGCCUGACGCUGAAUUGUUUCGAUCCGCAGGGAAGAAAGUGCAGGUCCGCUGUGUGAAACUGUUAAAGCCGUACUCCAAAAAGAACGUCACUGAUGACGAAGACGAUGAGGACGAUGAUGAAGACGAUGACUCUGGAGCUCGGAGGAAAGGGAUUCCUGCAGAGGGACGAAUCAUGGAGAGAGAUAUGCUGUCGCAGGCUUAUGAGUUAGGUGGGUUUGAAUCCACACAGAGAAGGUCGUUCCAGACAGGAAGUCAAGCAUGAAAACCGCGCAUGUCAUCCUGUUUUUCAAAAUAAAACACCAUAUGUGAACUCCCGACCGUGUAUCGGUUCGAGUAGAUGAGAAAUACUUUCUGGUUCUGUAUUUAUCAGUAACACAGAACAAUCCGAUGGUCGAUCCCUGAUCUAUGUGGACCCCAACAGGACUUUGACCUGCUAACUCUGUCUGAAGGUAACAGCAUAAAGGAACAGAAUUUACUUUAUUAAACACGAGUAAACCUGCAAAAACACAAACUGGAAAAUCACUUCAAGCUUUUUCACAGACAGUAGAGGUUCAACAGUCACUGAAUUAUAUCCAAAUUAUCAGGAAAUCGACCACAGAAAGGAAAAACAACCUGUUGUGAGGAUGUUGUUUCCUCUAUACUGAGCCCAGCUGACUAAAAAACUCAAUUUUAUACCACUGGAUGAAAAAGAAGGCAGAAGAGUCAUCUGACGUGUCAUGAAAGAUAAACUUGUGGUUAUUUCUUCAGACUGAGAGUCCAUCAGCACAACCCCGGAUCCGAGACAUGUAAAGCUCCUUCAGUCAGCUCCCCUCCAGGAUUUGUAGCAUUGACUCUCUCUUGUUUGUUUUGUAGUUUUAUCUUCUGGUACGAAGGGAAUCCCAAAGAGCACCAUCGCGUUUAGGAUGAACAUCGGGAAGCUGGAAUCUCGAAUGAUCUGUCGAGGGUUGGAGCGAUCCGGUUUGGUCAAGGUGAGGUGGAGACUCUCCAAACUCUAAAAUAUGAAGGCAUCUGCGUUUAGCGUAUCCAUGAGUGCAGCCUUACAUAUCUAUGAUGUAACCUUGUAAUGCAGUUUCCUGAUCACUAACUUUAUUGAUCAUGUCUGUCACCUGGCAGGGAUUCAUGGUAGACGAGGGUCGGCAGAGGACAACCAAAUUCAUCAGCCAUAAGUGUGUAUCCACCAACAAGAGUUCAAGAUUGAUCUCAUGAAUACUUUAGUGAUCCAAGUGUUAUCCUGCCACCUCUCUCCCUCACAGGGCUGUGGGAGUGAGCGAUCAACUCCAGCGCUUUGCCAAAGAGCAGGAACGGAACAAGCUGCUCUCCUCUGACGGUACACCCCAGAUUUCAGACGAUGCACCGGCCGUCCCUGCAGCUGCAUCCACCUCAGGGUCCAGAGCAGAAGAAAACAACACAACUCCUGCAAAACAGAGGACUCAGAAAGCAGGUGGAGGAGGAAACAGAUGUGCAGAGGAUGAUGGAGGGAGAAGAAAAGCAAGAGGGAAGUCUGGAGGGAGAGAGAGAGGGAGGGCAGGAGGGAAGUCUAGAGGGAGAGGAAGAGGAAGAGCAGGAGGGAAGACCAACAGGGUUAAACCUAAAGAGACACAGCCUGAGAGCCUGGUCAUGGAUCCUACAACAGCUGGCUGUGAGUUAAACUUACUGAACUUGUGCUUAUUUAACACGGCUUAUAUGAGCUUUACCCUUUCAACGUUCCUCCUCCUGUUUUAGGUGAAACCCCGAAAUCCUUGGAACCCACAACACCGGACUCAGCAUCCACCUCCAAAGCAGGUAAAUGGAGUCAAAGAGUUCUCAUAGAUCCUCUUUAUCUCUGUAGAAGUCGAAGUUUUUCCUCCUGACUCCCAAAUAUGAACAUGUAUUAAACCCACAAUCAAGGUUUUUUGGCCUCAAACAGCAAAUACAGCUCAGAAGAAAUCAGACAACAUUCAUUCAUGAUGUUUCAGCGCCUUAAAUUUGAAUAAAUAUCUGGUCCAGUGAACCCGCCAGUACCAGAGUCACCUCUUUCACCAUCUGUCUGUUUUAUUUGAAGGCUUGGUGCUGAAUGAUCCGGGUAUUUCUGUCAUCUAUGCUCAGUAUUGAAGUAAUAUCGAGUUGUGAGUGUCGUUUGUAUUCUGGUGUUGUAGAACCAGGUCCAGCUGAAGGCGGGGAGGAGGAAGAAGCCGGCUCCAGUCCCACCAGCUCUCUCCCUCAGACUGAGGCGUCGACGACAACCCAAACACCAGCAGAAAACGAAGUGGAGGUUAUUAAAGUUCUGAAGGUCUGUUUGACGGUCGGUUUUCUUUAUUUCCGUCUAAAUUCAGGAAGCGAAACUUAAAGCGUAAUCCUCUCUUCUUAGACCCCAAGUCUAGGCAUGUCAUCCAGAGCAGUCGCAGUCGGCGGUCGUCAGACGUACCGUCUCCUGAGGAGGAAAAACCUGAUCGCUGAAGCUGUCCGUAACUUCAAAGUCAUCGAGGGAACUUUCCCGUGAGUUUGUCCUCCAAUCUUCAGAGUCGAUUUCAAUGCAAAGUAAAAAAGAGAAAAGAACGUGAUGUCUUUUCCUCAGACUCCAGAAGAUGAUCAACGAGGAGGAGAAGCAGGACUGCAGCACCAAGUGUUGCAAGAAGACGAUUUUACGUCUGACCCAAAGUCUGUCCAGAGAAGGCGUGAUCAAGAUUUAUCGGACCACCGUUGUGCAGGAGGACAUCACCAAGAAUGUAAACACACGAAUCAAACCUGCUUUAGAGACCAGAUAUAAAUCCUCAAAAGAGAAUUUAAAAUCAAUCUCCUGCUUCCAAAUCAGAAAAAUAGGAAAUGUCACUAAAUGCUGUGAAGAGAUUUAUCAAUUAUUGAUAGUUGAUAGUUUUUUGGGUUUUUUUACACGCAGGUUGAGAUGUAUGUUCAUCCGUCCAUUCAGCCUGAUGAUGAGAUCAUCAAACAGCUGAUUGAGCAGAUUCGCUUCAGGAUCUCCAGCUCCUACUCGGCGUUACGGUAAGAAGAAGACAAACCCGCCUGAAAGAAAGUCAGGGAUGUGACGGUAGGGCUGCACGAUCAAUCGAUUUUAAAUCCUAAUCAGAUUAUUUGUUUAUGACGAUGUUAAAAAAAUUAAAAUCAUCAAAUUGAUUUUCCUCUCUAUCAUGUCUCGCACCUCCAGGCCACCGUAGGCUCCCCAGUUCCCGCACACACCAGUGUAAACAAACAUGGCGUUUGCAGAAGAAGGUGAUAAUUUCGUGGUUAAAUAGGACAAGAGCGAGUCAGUCGUGUUGAAUUGGUACGACUUCACAGUUUCAGAUGAAGAGUAAACCACUCCCCGCUGUAAAGUCUGUCUGAAGGCGGUAUCAACCCGUCACCACGGAAACUAAUUCAGGAGGAAACACUUAAGUUUUUUUGUCGUAUCAGCGUUUCAGGUGACUGUAAACGGCGUUUCAGGUGACUGUAAACGGUCGAGAGUGAAUAAAUCUUUAAAUGACGACCAUUUCAUCUCCGUGUGGAUGUCUAUCUGCAUCUCUGGAAACGAUCAUGUGACACACGGUGUAACUCUUUUAUGGCGCCAAAACAACCUUUAUACACAUGCGCUGUACUCUUCUUCUGUCUUUUGAGCAUUUCCUGUGAAGCGUUACAGCGCCACUUACCGGCUUGGCAUAUGCACUACAUCGUUUUCAGUGGUUUCGUUUUAAGAGAUGAUAGAAAAACUUUUUAUUAAAGUGAAGUUUGGUGAUGUUGUCAUCGAAAUUGAAAAUCAAGUUUUUAGAGAAAAAGAUGCGAAUUUGAUUUUUGGCCAAAUUCGUGCAGCCCUACUGUGACUAAGAUUUUGAUCUCAGUUAUAUAAGGAUUGUUAUUUCUGGUGCGUAUAUUCAUGAGUUAUCAGUCUUCUCCUUCUGUCCCUCAGUUUGCAAGCUGAAGAAAAAGCCAAACAGCAGGAGAAAGAAAAAAGGAGAACGUUUGAGAAGGCCUUCAAACCCACUACAGGUUCUGUCUCACUCUGUUUAAGGAGCAGCAAUGACCCUGCUGCAGUUUCUCUCUCUUUGUUUCGCUUCUUUUUUUUUUCUAACAUCUGAUUCUGUCUCUUAUCUCGUAGUUCGAGGAUUGGGGAGGAGUUUGGGCUUCCAACCCAAGAUGCACCGCCUGCGUGUUAUUCACAGCUUCCUCUGGUACCUGCUGUACGGGCACCCGCUCAGACAAGACGCCCCCAGCUCCACGUCAAACGCGCCAGAAAACUCGGCCGCCACGCAAACUGGAGAUUCUUCGCCGUCUAAGUUGGAUGUGAUAUCGUCAGGGGAUGAAGACGAAGGGAGGGACAAAUCACCGCCUAGUCCCUCUCAGAAAACCACGACAGGUGGGGGAGCCUCCAGUGAACAAACAGUAUUAAUCCUGUAUUGUCUUUGGGGGUUGCUAGUGAACGCAAAUUUGGACAUAGUUAUUUUUUAAUCCUUUUGUGUGUCUGCUAGUGUACGCCGACGAAGAGUCAUGGAGGAGGUUUAUGCCUCCUGUCAGCGUGCGUAAGGAGUACGGUAGCGGUUGGGCCAUGGUCAGCGACCUGCUCCUCUGCCUCCCUCUCUCUGUCUUCAUUCAGAUCAUCCAGGUCAAUUAUAAGGUGAGCGCAUGUUCAGUUACUGUCGCUCUCUAAACAACCUGAGGAGAAAGGUUCGAGUGUGUUUGAGAUCAGAGAGAGAGGGCGGGUGAAAUCGUAACGCCCAACCUUUCCUAAAGUAACCUCUCCAGGGUGACGGCAGGUCCUUAAAACUUAUCAGUUUCUUUUGACCUUUAAAGACCUGUCCUGCUCCCUUGAAGACUGUCGGGCGUUUGCAGCUUUUUCACAUCUGUUCAUUUCUGGCCUCAGGUGGACGGACUGGAGGAUUAUCUCAACGACCCGGAGAAGCAGCACUUCCUGAUCCGGAUGCUUCCAGCCAGGAUGAAAAGACAGCUUCUUUACAGACGGUGAUUUUCUGUCUCCUGAUCUCUCUGUCGUUAGUAGAUCCUCAUCAACCUUCUAAACGGGCUGUUUGUCAUCUCAGGAAAUACAUCUUCUUAUUCCACGAGAGCCUGCAGAGGCUGGUCUACAUGGGUCUGGUGCAGUUUGCCCCAAUAGAGAAGUUCAAGGAGAAGGAUCAGGUACGUUCGACCACCACAUGAGCUUCAAACCGGUCUCAAAGUUUGAUCUGUUUGAACCUGAUUGGUCCACGUGUGCUUCGUCCAGGCGUUUCUGUACCUGAAGCGCAACGCCACCAUCGUCGACACCACCAGCUCGGAGCCUCACUACUGGCUGGUCACCGAGUCUCCUGACAAACCGUUCGAGAGGCGCCGCUACACCUUCAACACGGCUGAAGAUGUGGAGAGUUACUGGUUUGACCUGAUGUGCGUCUGCUUGAACACACCCUUAGGUACACAAACACACACGUGACCGACUACACAACCAUCUCAACAACGUGAAAAGUCUGAUUUUGACAUUUUCUUGUACGUGUUUUCUUGAAGGGGUGAUCCGGAGUAAGAGAAACUCCGGAGUAGAUGAAACCGCUCCUUCCUUCGUGCACGAUCGCUACGUGUUUGCAGGGCUGGCGUACCUUCUGAAGUAAGCUAACCUUCAUUUCUCGGUGGAGUUCACGUUAGAAAACUAUCCAGUUGUGUUCAAAAUAAUAACAGUCCCACAUCACAAGCAACAUAAAUCACUGUUUUUGUUAGAAUUCCAACUUCUACACCGCAAGUAAGUUUCUAGAAGGUUUAGUAAAGGUGAAGAAAACCAACAGACCCAACAGGCAUGACGUUCAUGCUGCUGAUUAUGAGAAACUGAAUCUUUUACUGACGGGGGCGUGUUCAAAAAUAUAUCAGUGCCGAGUUCAAUUAGUACAGUUAUUGAUUAUGUGAAAAAAAUAGGUGUUAAACAAGUGGCCCUUAUUUGCUGGCUGUGUAUUUGUCCACUGUUCAGAAGAAGAGCGUUCUUUAAUCAAGGAAUUAAUAAUAGAGGGGAAAACCUAAAAAGAAGUGCAGAAAAUGACAGGCUAAAAUGUUAUUAAACGCUUUAAAAUGGCAGCCAAACCCGAAAGGUGCAGAAGAAAAAGAAAAACGACUUUUUGAAUGGAUCAGAGGAUAACAAAAAUGGCAAAGGCUCAGCCAGGAUCAGAGAAGAUCUAAGAUUUAAGCCUGUGAGUACGUUAACAAUCAGACCAUGUCUAUGUGAAGCCCCUCUGAUAUCUAUUGCGAUAUUAAAAAAUAGAGGAAUUUUCAGCAGAUGACCUGAAUAUGACUUUCUGCUGAAAUCUUGAGGACAGUUAACCUGCUCUGAUCUUUCCUCUUUUAGUGAAUGUUAGUAGAAUGGCUUCUGUCUGUCUCAGAGAUCUUUUUAGCUUUUAUUGUUCUGGGACGUUAUUGGGGAAACAGAUGAACACAGAACAUGUGUUUUUUUUGAUUGACGUCGUCCUUCUUGUAACCUGAAAUAAUUCCAAAUAACUGACUUUUCUUUUCUUUUUGGCAACAAGUCUUUAUUUUCGGUGGUUUUCUCUUCUUCGUUGCUUAUUUUGCAAUCAUUGUUGUUGUGCCGAAAAAUGCACAUCAUCGUCCAAGAAUUGCAUCCACCUCGCAGAAACGCGCUCCGCUUAUAGUAGAGUGGUCCACGGUAAUGUACAAUUUAAAACCCAUACAGUUCUUAUAAACAGUGAUGAGGAAUGUCCCCAAAGCAAUUCUUAGUAGACACGCGUUUCUCGGCACAACACCAGCGGCGCCAGGGACUCACUCCAUGUGCAGGGGCGUGGUUUCCUCCUCUCUGAUUUUGAUUGACAGCUGGCAGGGUAGUCUGACUGGCAACUGAGUAAAGAACGAAUGUGAUUGGUGGAUCGCUGCACAGCACAUGCAGAGUAUCAGAGUGUCAGCUACCCUUGAAAUUAGGUAAAUUCAUUCACCUCCAACAUCGCAGGCUCUGACGUGACUAUAGCGCACACGUACAUCACGAUGACGAUGCUCAAACGAUAUCUUGUGCAGCCCUACUGCAAACACUGAAUUCAAGCCACAGUACACAGUGAAGACGGUGAAGCACGGUGGUAAAAGCAUCAUGAUAUGGGGAUGUUUCUCCUACUAUGGUGUUGGUCCUAUUUAUCACAUACCAGGGAUCAUGGAUCAGUUUGAGUACAUCAGAAUACUGGGAGAAGUCAUGUUGCCGUAUGCUGAAGAGAAAAUACCUUUGAAAUGGGUGUUUCAACGAGACAAUGACCCCAAACACACCAGCAAGUGAGCAAAAUCAGGGUUCCAGACAAACAGAAUCCAGGUAGAGGAGUGGCCGGCACAAUCCACGGACCUUAAUCGCAGAGAAAACUUGUGGGCUGACAUAAAAAAUGUCGUCAUGAUGCAAACCGAGAAAUGCAGAGGAAUUGUGAGACGUAGUACAACUGUCCUGGGCUGCAAUACCUGUUGACCGGUGCCAGAAGUUGGUCGACUCCAUGUACCACAGAUGUGAAGCAGUUUAUCAGAAACCUAAAUAUUAGUUUAUGAUUCUCAGGGAAGUUGAAUCUUCAAGCAUUUCUUCAUUUAAACAGUAAAUUUUUGAGUUUGUAAAGAAAGAUGUCAACACUGCUAUUUUUUUGAACAUUAUAUUUCUUGAUUUUCUGUAAAAUAUCAUCAAAUUCAACGACUUUUUCCAAUUUUCUUGCUUUGAAAUAGAAUGUGCAGUCUCCCCAAUGCAUUUGUGUUCAUUAAAAUACAAUUUAUUUAAAGACUUUUGAGGCUUACUCACCUUUUUAAACACACUGCUAUUAAUAUGAACAUAACUGUAUGUUGAUGUUGUUCGUCUGAUCACACACACACACACACAGGGGCAGCAGGGAAGUGUGUGACGACGGGUCCGUACCAGGUGACGGUAAAGGAGCAGGAGGUCUGGACUCGGAGUUCUUCAGUCACCUUAAGAGGAACUGGUUGUGGACCAGUCACCUCCUCGCUGUUAAAACUGUAUGUACACCAAAAGCACGCAGAGGAGGGGCGGGUUUGGACCUGGUUCAGGUUUCUUCAUCACCUCAUGGCGCUCUCUACUGUUGUGUCUAGACGCCGAGUGGCACAGAGGCGGAGACGGCCAAAACCAGACUGAAGAGCUUGUUAAGUAGGAACGCUCUCAGGAUCGCGCUGACGGCCGGUGAGUCCAAGAAUCUAAACUUUGAGAGUUCAUGUUUUCUGUGAUCUGAGUUUUUAAACAUCUGUACGUAACAGGAGGAUCCACUUCACCUCGCUGUGUGACCAACAAGCGCUCAGUGUCGUUGGAAAUGGUCGAGGUGAGAACUUCUUAUCUUUAAAUUUGCACUGAUUCUAUGACUGCAGAGAAAUUUAAACACUGGUGUCUGCCCUCCUGGUUUGUUUUAGAGCGCCCUGUGUUGUUGUGUGUUUGUAACCAGGUGGGGAUCGAACCUGCGGCGAGAAACAAGCAGGUGAUUGGAGGGAAGGGUCAGAAGAGGAAGAGGAGCAAAAAGGAAACAUUCAAACCCCCGGCCAAGAAGAAGAAAGGUGCAAAAACAGAGGGGAAAAAAAACCACACAGUAUUAAAUCAGAUUGACCGUAUAUUGUGUGUAACUGUCUUUGUGUGUUUUAUUUCAAGAGCCAAAGAAACGCACACCUGCUCACGACGAGGCGGACCACCGCGCUCUGAGGAUGAUGACCAGACAGAGGGUCCUGUGGACGGUACAGGAAGACUCACUGAUGAUGCUCUGCAGCGUGGCGUCACACUUGCUCAACAGCAAGGUACACACACACACACACACACACACACACACACACACACACACACACACACACACACACACACACACACACACACACACACACAGUUAAUUCUUUACUCAUUCAGUGCCAGGUUCAUUGAUGCAGUUUUCACCCAGUGCCACCACUGACCGCCAUAGAAGUCUUCGUAUCUUUGAGGACCCACAGAAUAUCUUGUGUUCGGACUAGAAUUAAGUUCAAUAUCUCAAAAGAAAGGAGUGAUUCUCUUCUUUCAUCAGAAAAAUAAAGUGAGUCUCUAACCCGCUCCUGUGUUUAGUUAUUACCUGCUCAGUGCAGCGUGGUCAUAUCAUCUUUGCUGAUCUGGAAAAACUCAUUUUUUACGAAGGAGAGACUUCAGAGCAGAACUCUGAUCGUCUGUUUCAUUUCACUUCAAAUUACUUUACCGGUGGCAUCAAAGUCCUCCCUCCUCGGACUCCACUCCUAGUCACUCACGAGGUCGGAUUGUGAAAGGUCACUUUGUGGUGGCUGGGAGUCGUAUUGGCUCUAGAGAACCUGACGCUGCGACGUAAACCACACAGACUGCUCACAUCCUCCUCACUGGGACUGUCGCUGAAUUCCGGCGUACUCUUACUCACCAGUACCGGCACAACGACACGCUGGAAAAUUGUUUCUUUGAUUGUCUGCUGACGAUGUGAAGGUCCGGUACCGGGAUCUCCACUGGAUCCAGAGACGGUAGCACCGCGCCCACGGGAGCCGAUGUGCCGAGAGCGUUAAGUCUUGGCUAAUGACUUCGGCAUUUUCCUAGAGAAAAAACACUCCACAACUCGGCUAAUUGGCACACUUCUCACUGACGAGUACUUCUUUUUGUUAUUGUAACAUUGUUAUAACGUAUUUGUCGGCUUUUCUGCGUUCAGAAAGACCCCAAACUUAGUCGCAUGUUGCGGAGGAGCGCCCUCUGGUGGAAAACAAAAAAACUGAAAAAUCCGUCAAAUCCGUCAACGGCACUGAAUGAGUUAAGACCUUCCACAGACAAUAUUGGACUUCAAUUAUUUUUUUAAGGGGAAUUAAAAUACGCUCAACCUUCUUUGUAUCUGUUUGGUUUUAUCACGUGGUCUCCUGUUGUCAUGGUGUCGUAGCUGAAAAGGCCGUUCAUACCCCACUGCGUGGUCAGAGACCUGCUCCACUCCGAGUUUGAGAUUUCAGCAGAUAAAACGUCCGUCGCUGUCGGACGUCGCUCACGAUACAUCCUGAAAAAUCCACAGACACUCCUGAACUACAGGUAAGUAAACACGCCACAUAGAUGUAAUGCUGCACUUAAGGGCCCGUGUCCACUGACAGCAUCCAGACCUCAACCUUAGAAAGCUUCUUCUGACAGUGACUAUUAAGUGGUUUUUGAUGCUGUGCAGGCUUCACAUUUUCUUGAUAUAAAACUUGAUCUGAGCUGCUCUGUGUUGGGAGAAAACUCCGUUAGUGGACACAGGCCCUAAUAUUGAUCGUGUGUGUUGCAGGAUCUGUAUGGCUGAGGUGUUUGAGGACAAACCUCUGAUGAAGCUGCUGGAGGGGAAGAAACCAACUGAUCCAGAAAACCCAGAGGUGUUUUUUUCUUCUUAUUUAUUCCCUUUUAGAAAAUCUCUUUUUGAUUGUUGUGACCGUCUGAUUUGACUGUUUUAUGGGUUUUAUCGUUAAAGGAUUGCGCAGGGGUGUUUUCAGAGUAUGUGAAGCUGCUGCGAGAGAAGUUCAGCUCUGCUUUAAGCUCCGAUCAGCAUGAAAUAGUCAUACCCGACACCAAACAGGAGCUCUUUUCCCGGUAAGAGGAGGAGGAGGAGGAGGUCAGUCUUCCCGAUGAUUGGUGGUGACGUCUGAAUGAAGUCUAAGAUGUGUUUCUGUUUCAGGUUCAGAGUCUCAGCCAUAGAGAACAGGAAACAGGUGCCCUGUAAGGAUACUCUCACCUGGUGAGGACUCGAAAGGAUUUCUUAAAGACUGAUUUUCAUGUUUUGAUGGAGGUUGAUUAUUUUUCUUUGCUGGUCCGUUACAGCACUGACGACAUUCAUGCCAUUGUGUUACACAAUUUGAUCCAGAGCACUCUGGCCAUGACCAACUUUCAGAUGAAGUCCUCCAGGUCCUUUCAGGUACCGCCAUGUUGUUGUUGUUGUUAUUUUAAGAGCACCAUCUCAUUUAAACAUUUGUUCUUAAUCACCGUAAUUUAUGUCAUUAGAUAAUUGAUUUUCUGACGCGUGUCUUUGUUUCAUCUCGCAUUGACUACUGUAAUGCUCUUUUUAUGUGUUUUAACGAAAAGGCUGUAAAUUGCCUUCAAACUUUUCUAAAUGCAGCUGCAAAGAUUGUAACUAGAUAGAAGAAAAGGGACCGUAUCACCCCAGUUUUAUAUUCCCUACGCUGGUUACCAGUUAAUUUUAGGAUUUUAGUUCUUGCUUUUAGAGCCGUACAUCACUGAGCUACUGAGACCCUAUUGCCCCUCACGUUCAUAAUGUCAUCAGACCACGAACUCUUGAUGGUCCCUCGCACCUGUUUUAAAGCAGGAGGUGACUUCUCUUUCCAGGCCACUGCCCCUCGCCUCUGGAAGGUAUUACCAUUGACCUUACGUAGCAUAGAGUCCGCUGAAAGUUUUAAAAAAGAACUUCAAACCUUUUUUUAGGCCGGCCUCUUCCAUUAUAUUCAUUGUGUUUCUCUGUAUUCUUUUGCAUUUUAUCCUUGUUGUAAAGCACUUUGUGAUUUUACCGAUUAAAAAAUGCUAAAUAAAUUAAAUUCACUUACUUACUUACAAACCUUUUACCGUCGAUCUGUGUUUUCUUCUCCAAGACUUUCCACAUGUACAGCAAGUACAACCAGGAGCUCCUCUGCCAAGUCUUCAUUCAGUGCAGGAAGAAAGGUCUGGUCAACCGCCGCCGUAUCAACCAGUCGUUUGGACCCAAGAAGAACCGAGCUCUGCCUAUCCUGCCCAUGUCCUACCAGCUGUCCCAGUCCUACUACAGGUACUCCAGUUUAACUGCAGCCAGUGAAGUUAUGGCCAAGUUAAAAAUCCCCAUUCAAGUGACUGGGAUUGUCCGGGGCUGCUGCUCUCUAUAAAGGUGAAUAAGGUGAUGGUUCUGAUAGGAAGGUAAUAGAGACUUGAAACCAAGCUCUAUUCCCACUAAGUCAGGUACGGGCUUUCCACCCCCUUCAGUUCCAGAGAUACGCCCCUUUUGGAGUCCAGAGUGGGCGUAUCUCGGUAACGGAAGGUCGUAGAGACACAUGGUUGGUGUCGACGUGUCGGGUGUGGUGAAAUUCUGGCAGAUGGGGGAUCAUUACGGCUAAAACCCACAGGAUCCGGAACGGCUGCGCCCCGGCACGACAGGUGGAUCAAAUGCCCAAGCAUUAUAAUUAAUGUGUGUCAUUCUACAGAAUCUGUCCGCCGUCCGGCUCCGCUGCGGAUCGGCUCCGGCGGCCAGAUCAGAUAUGCAAGGGUUCUAUUUUUCGUGGGGAUGUGGGUGUUUAUAUACACCACCGUUUAUAUACACCCAUGUUUAUAUACACCGAUCUACGGAUCUCAUUCAGUGUCUCACGGGGAAACACACAAGAUCUCGUGGGAUUUCGUCCAGUCUCACAAGGAAUAUCAGUAAUCUCGCGAGCGCUUCUCCUCCGAUGGCGGCAACGGAUCAGAUCCGGUGGUGAAAUUUUUUUGUUCUAGAAUGGUAGGGAAAGGUCCCGCCCUCCUUCGCCUCUGAUUGGCUAGAAGUGCUGGGCUCCGAUUGGUUAUUCCUAAUGGCUGUGAAAAUUCAUCAACUGCCGGGAUAGCGUUAGGAGAUUCAGAAGUGCGAUAAUGUUCUGGAAUGUUCUGUUCGAUGUACAGAGCCGACAGCCCGCGUUUGGCUUGAGUGUGUGAUGACGUUUCCAGCUUUUCUAACCAAUCAGAGGUGAAGGAGGCGGGACUUUCUCCUACCAUCCUACAAAAGAAUAUCAUGAUCCGGUAGGCGCUGUAUGCUUGCGUUUUUGAGCCGCCUGCCAUUCUGGAGCAGAGCAGAACAGUUCCGGAUCCAGUGGGAUCCCCGUGUUUGCGAGUCUCGCGGACGCACAGUUUAUGAGUUAUGGGCGUUAGAAUAAUCCCAUGGUCAAAAAGUGGCGGUAUUUAACUCUGACUCCUCCCCUCUCCAUCUCCUUUCUUGCAGGUGUUUCUCGUGGCGUUUUCCCAACUCGCUGUGCACCGAUUCCUUCCGCUUCUUGAGGGCUCUGCUUAACAACGGGAGGGGAGAUGACAAACCUCUCACUGCGUUCUUCCACGAGACGGAGAACAGGCCGCCGCAAGGGGAGGGAGCGACGGAGGGGAAGUCAGCGCCCGGGAGGAAAAAAAGGACAAGCGCAGGGAGGUCGACUGGACCGGUGGGUGAGACAGAGGAACAACCUGAGAAAGCAGAAGAAGGAGGGAGCAACCAACAAAAACCAGAAGAAGAAGAAGAAGUAGAGAGGUCGAUGGAGGUUAACGAUGAAAAAACAGAACCUGAGGAAAAGGAAAACCCAGAAGAUUCCUCCAGAGGUCCAACCCAAGACCAUGAGCCUGAAGCUGCUUCCUCUCCUGAAGUGGAGAUUCCAGACGUGUCGGACAUGAUGCGGUUCUCCAUGGAGUCACCAGGUGGAGCCUGUGCGGCAUCUCUCAGCCUGAUGUCUCUGGGGCUGCUGAGCGUUCACCUGUCCAUACCUAAACGGAUGGUGGUGGUGGACAGCACCAUGGUGGACAACAAUAUCGUCAAGAGGUGGGUGACGAACCACAAACUGAUUUAUCGUCUUUUGUUUUUUAUGAGUGCCGGGUGUGAAGGAAACGGCUGCAAAAUGGAAUUUCUCUGUUUCUGACGAGCGGCUUUACUCGUCGUUUCAGUACGACCACGCAGACAGUUUUAACGAGUGUCACUGUGCUGCUGAUUUCCUGUGAAGUGUCACACGCCUCCUUCACAAGUUUUCAGAAAAAGUGAGUCAUGCAGCUGCUUUAGACAAACCUGAGAGCCAGCUGUGGUUUUCGCGAGUUCUUUGUCAGAAAAAAACAGUCGACAGAGACGAGAGAGGAGCUGUUUUUAUAACAACAAACUCUCAGGGUAAUCAGAAUCCAACAUGGCUGAAUGCAGGGUCACAGAGUCCACAGGUAGAUGGAAAGAUAUUAGUUUUUUUAAUGGAGUUAACUUCAGAUCAGAUUAUUACUUCAAGGAAAUGAUAAAGUAAUGAUCCUUGAAGUAAUAAUCUGAUUGUAUUUCCAUGAAGUAAUGAUCAUAAAUGUUCGUCCUUGAGCUGCGUCACCCCGCUGUAGUCUGUAAUGGACUGAGGUCUCGCUACAAACAAGCGGCUGCUGGAAGAGAGUAGGUGAGUUGUGUUUAGUCUCUUUGCUAAAGAAAUGAGUCAAAGUUAAAAAGAUGUUUGGUGUCUAGUACUAUGGCUGUGACCCUAUAUGUCCUGUUGAUGAAGUUAGGUGCUGUUCUGAGCAUUAUUUGUGGCUAUAGAGUGGCGUUUUGGUUGAGGUUUGUUUAUGGCUCCACAGACUGCUGUGUAUUGCUAUCCUGCGGUCGUUACUAAAGUUUGUAUAACUAGAGAAGCAAGAGGUCGACAACAUUCAUCUCUGGAGGGGAUGUCUAACUCGGCGUUACAGUGUGUUUGACCCUAAAUUAAUUUUACUCCGGAAUAUCCCUUUAAUUAGAGCCAAAAAUGCACCUUUUAUUGAGAAGUGGCGCUUACAGUAUCCGAUCAUAUUACCUGGGAGAGAAAAUAUUUAAUUAAUGAGUUUUUUAAGAGAAGAAAUAAGAAAGAAGUCGAAUAAUUUCAGUGAGCUGACUCGACAUAAUGCUCCUGGUCUAGCCUCUGUGUUUUCUACGACACUGUAAUAUUUUUAUUUAGUUUACGUUCCUCGAAGACAUCCUGCAGCGUCAAUGAGAUGAAAGUACAGAGCGUGUUUUAUUAAAACGCGAUUAAGAGGAUUAAAGCGUAACCUCCUACAGAAAUAUGAAGGAGCUCUACUGUCGUCUUUAUACUGAAUGAAAACAACACGAACGUGGAUCAUCUCCUCGCCUGGGGCGUGUCUAAAAUAAGUCAGUGUUGUGAAUGAUUGCUGGUGUCAAAUGUGACUUUUCAGUCUGGUGGCUCUGGAGGAGGAAGAUGAUGAUGAGGAAGACGGGGAGGACUGUGAGGGGAGGAAGAAACUGCAGGUGAAGGCGCAUCAAGCGUCUCAUACCAACUACCUGAUGCUUCGAGGAUACUGCAGUCCUGGCAUCGGUACGGCCUGAACUGCCUCUCCUUUUCCCAUGCUGCCUUUUGAGUUUGGAGUUGUUGACUCAUCUCUUGGUCUUUGUCUGUUUGGUUGUUUCUAGUGAAGAUGCGUAACCUCAAAACCAGCGACAAUAUCGUGUUGGAGUCGUGUAAGAUGAGGCUGCAGCUCCGUAACACGCCGGCCCACCGUGUCUUCAUCGAAGAGAGUGAGCACCCGCACAUAUAAGACCUUUAUAAACACAUUUUAAUAAGAAAAACUCAGAUCCUGUUUUCAUUGACAGUUUCAGACUCUACACCCCUGGACUUGGUCAAAUACGGUCCCUCGCUGGUGCCCUCCAACCUCACCUACUCCACCUCCUGCUCCUUUUCUCCUCCCAAUGUGAAGGUGUGUGAGAGUCGGUUGAUCGAGGCCAGCUGGUUCACUCCUCAGGACAUAGAGGCCUGUGCUGAGAUCAGAAAGAGUCUCGCUAAAGCGGGUGAGAACGGCAUGGACAUGCAGGAUCUGUUCCAGACCCACAGACACCUGGUGGAGCCGCAAUGUGGACGCACGAGGGGCCUGCAGCAAUACCUGAAGGUAAACGUGUGUUUUUCUACCUGAAGAGGCCAAAACCAAGUGUGGUUGUUUAAAGUGUUGUCAGGAUCUGGUUCUAGUUUUAAAGACAGGAGACAUACAUGCAGGUAAACGGCUCAGUCCAAAAUCUAAAUUCUGACCAAACAGCUUAAUCUGAAGUUUGCAGAUGAAAAUGGGAUCACAGAGUCUGCAGGGAAACUAACACCAGGUUGCUUGUGCUGGUCACACGUUACUCUAGAAAAAGUUAACAUCAGAAUGAGGCCAAACCGUGCCGUGAGCAGGAGAGCAUCAAAGUAUGAAAGCAGCAGUCAUUAAUCAGAGUCACAGCCACAGCUAGUUUUGAGCGGCUGCACUACAGAUGAGGGUGGAGAUGUUAACUCCUCUGGUGGACUGACCUCACACCCCGAUUCAAGACCAAACCACGGUCAAAUACGAACAUAUAUAUUUUUAUUUAUACUUUUAUUUAUCUAGUUUUCAUUCCACUACCACUCUACCUCCAGAAAGUGCAAUAUUACCCAACAUACUGCUUUUUUAACCUUAGUUUGUAUUGUUUUUAUUUGUUCUGUGUGUUAAAUUAAACACCAUCAUGCUGUGAUAUGGAAGCAAAGCAACGACGUUUGGUUGCAGAGAGAAAUCACUGCUGUGUUUGAUUCUGUGCAGUGACGAAUAAAGAAAGUCGAAGUCACAGCUUUCAUCAACACAGCCAUCGAAAAUCAACAUAAAUCCACAGCUGAUCAGGUGACCACUAUUUAUCAGCCUUCGUUAAAUCUUUUGUUCAUUUGAGCUGCAAUAAAGAAAAAAAAUAUUUAAAAUUAUCCGUUUAUUUUCUUUUUCCUCAAAGCUCUCAGGACUGAACUACUUUGGCCCUGGAGGUGGAAAAAAAAACUGUUAACUGAGAGUAAAAAUAUUAAUCCGUUCCUGAUCAGAUUAUAGGUCCUGUAAGGUACUUGUAGUUUGGGCUGGUUUUGGCGCCCCCCUGUGGACAGAGCAGUCUUAGCUUGUUUUGUCACUGUUGUGCUUAUUCAAUCUUUUUUUUUUUUUUCUUUUCUUUUCAUUAAGCAUCAACAAUAUUGUACAUAGAUAAACACUUUUUUUUAUUCUUCUCUCGCCCACCCUGGGUGGUAUUGCGUCUCUUCAAGCUCGGGUCCUCUACCAGAGGCCUGGGAUCUUGAGGGUCCUGCGCAGUAUCCUUGCUGUUCCUAGGACCCCCGCACGGGGGGUUUGCUCACCCGUGCGUGGUGAGCAACUUCCGAGUUUUAACAUCUGUGUAUAUGUAUAACAAACUGAAGCACAUACAUGAGUUCGCCAACACUGAAGCUGUGCACAUAACAGGAAGAGAGGGUUCACAUGGAUUUAAUCACAAUCACAAACACAGGAUGGUGCUAAGUGGUUAUUAAGUGGGUACAGUUUGAAGUUUCCCAAAAUGCUUCAACACCAGAUCCCAGACAGAAAAGAAUUUGUCUCUAGACCCCCGGAGAGUAUUUUUUAUCUUCUCUAAUCGUAUGAAUUGUGUCUGGUAACUAAAGCACACAGAUACUUUGGGUGUUUUUUUUAUUUCCAAUGUAAUAAAAUUCUUCUACGUGAAAGAAGCGUCGUAAAAGCAAUCAUGUUCUUCUAACUUUUCCUUAAUGUUGUAUAACUCCUUCAGUGUUUUCUAACUCCUGAGAGGAGCUUUAACAGUUAAAUCCAAACCUUACAACCUUUAAUGAGAAUAUUUUCAUUUGGGUUUUCUGACAGUCUUUUUGUUUUCCGGGACAGAAGGCGUGUUUUAGAGGCUGCUGAUUCAGCUGGUUUUAACCAGGGUGGAAGCUUUUUUAAUGUAAAGGACAGUAGUUUAAAAAAAAGUUUGACACUAAAACUACAAGCAAACAAAACACAAUCAGUCAGGUUUGAUUACAGGGAGACGUGGGAGCUUAUAAAGACAGAGGACCGGUCCAACGUAGACACGGGAAACACAAGAGACGACGACAAGCUAAACAUUUAUCAAACUUGGCGACGCACCAGGACAAACAACCAAUCAAAACAAGAUGUGGAGAAGCUGAUCCAAAGUCCAAACUUCUCCUUUUUCCCUGAUGGUCCCGCCCACUUCCUGUAAAGCUGUCUUAGACCAGAAAUCCAUCUUUUGUGGGAGGUGCUGGCGUUACUUUGUGGACUUUUAUUGCAGCUCUCCUCUCCCACAGGCCCUGAAUGCAGCAUCCUUCACUCACACUGAUUUUUGCAGACAGAUGUCGAUGACUUUCUUCUUACUAUCAUCUCUGUUUUUCUCCAGGAGUUACAAGAAGACGGCCAGGUCUUAAGAGUCGGCAGUUUGGGUGUCCGGUGGGUUCUCGCGCAGCAUGCCGAGCCGUGGCUGCUCACCCUGAACUCCAAACAGUGGUCCCAGUCACUCAACUCUUCAGACAAACUGACCUUCCUGCAGAGACAGCACAAGUUCCCCUUCAUGCGCAAGAGAGGCCGACGAGGAAUUAGACGAGAGAAAGAAGAACCGCCUACGAAAAAAACGGCUGUGGACCAACAGGAGAGCGAGGGAAGGGAGGAUGUAGAGGCAGCAUCCACUGACGUACCGAGAGUUACAGAGACCGAGGGAGAACCGGGUGAAGGGCAGAAGGAAAGUCCAGAAGAGGGGACUGCAGGGAAAGUGCCAAACCCAGAAGAUGAGAGAGGAGAGCUGGUGGAAGCUGAGGAGGAGAGGGAGAAGGAGGCUGAAGAGGAGAGGGAGAAGGAGGUGAAAAGUGAGGAAGAACAAGGGAAGAGGAGAGAGCUUAGAUCCAGGAGAGGCAGUUUAUCGAACGAGAAGGGAUGUUCUCAACCUGCAGGAGCAGCUCAUGAUCACGACGAGUAAGUAAACUGUCGGAUAAACUUUUAAAAGUUCAUGUCCCUUCAUUAAAAUCCUCUCGUCCUCACAGAGACGAAAACGUCAGCUUCAUCAGCCGCCCGUGGCGAAUGGUUGACGGGAGCCUGAACCGGCAGGUGUGUAAAGGUAUGCUGGAGGGUCUUCUUUACCACAUCAUGUACCACCCUGGACUCACGCAGAGGUCCAUACUGGAACAUUACAAAGCGAUGCUGCAGCCGACAGCGGUGCUGGAUCUGCUGGAGGUAAAACUGAAAAGUGGUUUAAUAUUUUUCUGCAGGAAACAGAAGCUGAUCUAAAACCCUCCUCCUCCUCUUUCUCCUCCUCUUCUUCUUCUUCUACAGGGGCUCAUAUCUUUGGGCUGCGUGACGAGGAAGACUCUGGUCAAAGCUCCCAAACCCUCGCUCUUCACCCGGUCGGCGCCGCAGACGAGCGAGAUAACAGCGAGGGUUGGAGAUCCGGAGUGUGUUUUCUAUGAGCCCACCAUCAGCUGCGCUCUGAGACUCCCUCAGGUGUUACCCAACGAGCGACACUGGAACACCUGCCCCCCCUGAAUGUCCUCUCCUCUCUCUCUCAGUCACGGCAGCCAUUUUCCUCUGAUGUCAUCCUCUGUUGUAAAGAGUGAACAUCAGAAAAUAGACUUUUUGGGUUGUAUAAAUGUUUACAAAGAGUACCAUCAGGUUCUGGUUCUACAGAACUUUAAUUUUUGAAGUUUUUUGUUUCUGUUUUAGUGUUUGUAAAAAUUUGAUGAGGGCGUUUUUUUCACUUCACUUCAGGAUUUAUUAACAUCAUUUUUUUUCAUGUAACAGUGUACAAGCUCUCAUGUUCAGGUCUCCAGAUCCCAAACAAGUGCAGUACAAGGAUGCUCCAAAGGUCAGUCAAGCGAAUAGUAAGUUUUCCGUUAUGAUCUCGAUUAAAAAAGGUUAAAAUCAAACGUUUUUAUUGACGUGUGCAAAAAGAUGCAGGAGGAAGUGUAAGUCGAGUAAACUCUAUCCCUUUAUUUACUAGAUAAUCACCAAUAACAGUGAAACGCUGAGGAAAACCGUAUUACAUGUGUAAAGUGAGGCGUCUAACAUGAUAAAACCGGGUCUGAAGUUCCCAAACGUUGACCUCUUCAAUCUGUCAGACCUGAUCCAGGAAACAUCACCAAACCUGAAGAAGUAAGACUUCAAAUAUUUGUGCUCACGGGUCCUUAGACAAAGCUGCUUCACAGAUUCCUCCAAGAUUUUUAUCUCCCAAUCUAAUUUCUACUCGACAAACAAUCCACAUUGUGUGGUCGGAGGAGAUGGUGGACUCCACCAAGAUACUAUCUCCGCUUACCUUCCUGUGUUCUACCCAAAGAAUCGACAGGGUUUCUUCCUUCUGCCAAACUGGGUCUAGUUUCACUUUUUUACAACGUCAUGACUCUUAAGGUCUUGUAGGAUUUCCACCAACCGUUAUAGACUCACAACAUUAUUCUUAUGUCAGAGGUUUUUCUUUGAUUUUCCUAUCUGGACUAAAAAAAAAAAAACACUUCAUGAUAUCCACAAAGAACCAACGUGAAGACGGGACAAGACUGAGACCCACUCUGACCCCAGCUUAAUCUACAUGAGUGAAACACUUCCUUUUACAGAAACCUCAAGCAGAACCAGAACUUGCAGAACUUGAGGAACUUUUUAUUCAGAAUGAGAGAAAUAACUGCAGUUAAUGAUAUUUUUCCCGAACAGUAAAGAUUUGAGCGCCCCUCAAAUGAGUUAUUGAAACUCCACGUCUUCAGACAGAAACCACGAUAACUCCGGCUUUGAGAGAAGUAACAGAGUCAGAUUAGAAGUUUUGAAGUCAAACAGAGACAGUCGCUGAAGAUUGAUAUGACCUUCAUAUGUCUCAUUCUGACGACCUGAGCUACUGCUGAACGUGGUUUUACUUUUAUAAAUAAAGUCAUUCAGGACAAUAUGGAAAUGGAAUCCUGACAAAUCAUGUUUGUGUGGUUACAAAUGAUCUUGAUUAAUAAAAUCUGCAGGUUUUUAAGUUAUGUGUAUUUGUUAACGCUCUACACACAAUUAGGUAUUUUGUAUGGAAGCGUAUCUUUUCUGUUUUUCUGACAUAUUUUUAUUGUUUUUUUUUUUUGUCUUUCAGUUUUUUUGUAUUUUUUUGUCUCUCUGUUUUUUCAUUUUUUUUUUCGUCUUUCUGUUUUAUCGUAUUUUUUUUUUCUUUCUGUUUUUCAUACUGUUUUUCUUUCCCUCUGUUUUUUGUGCUAACAAUUUUUCCCCUCUUUCUGUUUUUUGGACACAUUUUUAUUUUGAUGUUUUUACUUUUUUUUCAUCUUUCUGUUUUUCAUUUCUUUUUCGUCUUUCUGUUUUUUCGCAUUUUUUCAUAGUUUCUUUUCUUCUGUUUUUGUGCUAACAAUUUUUCCUCUCUUUCUGUUUUUUGGACACAUUUUUUUACUUUUAUUUUUUUUUCUGUCUUCCAAUAAAUCAAGCAGAAGGGGAUGAAAGCAUCUAAUGAGAGCGUUAAAUGAUCAUGAUCCCAAAGAACAGGGGAAAAAAAGUCUAAAAACAAAACAAAAAAACAAAAAAUAUUUUUAAAAAUUACUCUGAAAAACAGCUUUUUUUUUUGGUAAUUGUAAUACACUUUUUUUGCGUGGUAUUAGCAUGAUAAAAUCUUCUCAAACACCUGCACAUAACGGCCGAUAGGACAGGAGUUGAUGGAUCUAUAUUAAUCUCAACUGUCAUAAACAGGAAACAUGCAAAGGAGGUGACAAUCAGCACACACACACACACACACACACACACACCACUCUUUCUGUUCUCGACAAGUGUAUUAGGAACAUAAACUUAGUUCAGUGAAUCACACAGAGUAUCUAACUACACUGUUAACAUACAGACAGGCAUGAUCUGCAAACACAAUAACCGUGACAAGUGUGCGUACUAUAACGGGGAUUUCUACACAAAGAAACAUGAAACUGAAAGUUCAGUCUAAGGUCCACAGAGGGUUUUCUUUUUUUGUUUGGCUCAUUUGUGUAAAACAGAAACCCCAUUCAGAAAAACCUGCAGCAGAGAUCAAAACUAUGCAAAUUAAAAGAUAAAAUACAUAACCUAUUCAAAUAACUAACAUCUGAUGCAUGAAACAGACACAGAACCUUGUGAUGUGGUUUCUCUCCGACUUUCUGCAGCACCGUCUUUCACUCGGGGUGCAUUUCUUUCCAUUUAUACUUUAAUGUGUUCGUGAAUUUGCAUUAUUUCUAAAUUGCACUCAUGUUCUGAUGAAACUCUUGCAUGCUUGUCUGCAGCAUGUUCGCCCUUGCUUCGACACAUAAUCACUCAUAUCAAGCAUGUGUGAUAGAAGCGCUCUUAACAAGACUCUCACCGACUUCCUGAGGAUGUUAAUCGGUCAGGUGACCUCCUGUGAUCUCUGAACACGUGAGAACCGAAAUUCACUCGUUUAGAUUUUAGUAUUCAAGGGGUUUUCUCAGUGAUACCAAAACCAUGAGAACAGGAUUCUUUCUCUUCAAGGUUUGAACCAAAAACAGAACUCUAAAAGUCCUUUUUGAUUUAUAACAAACAGUAACAGGCUUUAUUAGUUUUUAAGCAAACAUUUGAUAGUAGAAGUUUAAAAUGUAAAUGUAAAUGGUCUUUUUAUUUAAACAGCCUUUUACAACAACCCUUGCUGUGAACCAAAGUGCUUUACAAUACAUAGAAAAUAAAAAUGAAUAAUUAAAACAAUACAAAAAGAUUAAAUACAAUGCAGUAAAAUAAAGUGUCACCACACUACUGGGUAUUAAAAACCAGCAUAAGUAAGUAUGUUUCCAGGUUAGAAAUAAGUCUUAUUUUGGUGGGGAUCUUAUUCCAGAGCCCGGGACCAGUGACUGAAAAGACUCGGUCACCCCAGUGUUUGUCUUUUGACCUGAGCACCUCCAUCAGAAGUUGAUUUGAUGACCUCAGAGCUCUACCUGGCUCCUGAACGGUUAAAAGUUCAGUUAAAUAGAUGGGGGCGAGGCCGUUAAGAGCUUUAAAAACAAACAUUAAAAGUUUAAAAUCAACCCUAAAAGAGACGGGAAGCCGAUGAAGGGAGGACAGGAGUGAUGUUCUCACGUCUGUUAGUGUUGGUUAAAAGACGGGCAGCAGCAGCAUUAUGGACAAGUUGAAGGCGAUUAAGAGAUGAUUGGGAGAUGCCAACAUAAAGUGAAUUACAAUCGUCUAAUCUUGAACUGAUUAGAGCGUGGAUGGCUAUCUCGAGGUCGUGACAGCUUAAUAACAUUUUGACCUUGGCCAGGAGACGUAGUUGGAAGAAACUAGUUCUGACAACAUUGUUAAUUUAAAUCAUAAUAACUGCAAAACUGUGUAAAAAGUGCAGAUUAUGGACAGCAGAGGGAGACAAAGGACCUGCAGCACUGAUCAUCCUCACACGCAGACAGUGAUGCCCUGAAAAUAUAUAUUUUUUUCCGUACAGGUCAUUGGUAUUUCUAUACUGAAAACAAACUGGGAUGUCUGUCUCAGGCUGCCCUUGACUCGGUUUGGAGCUUUACAUGUCGGCUGAUCUAUGACAUAGAAACUAGUAACAAAGCUCAUACUGUCUCACUGGAAUCCUUAGAAGAACAUCGCAGACAGUUUUCGAAUAAACACCAGAAAAACCUUCGGAGGUCGCAGAAAUACAGAAAGUUUAUCACCAAAAAAACAAAACAAACACGGUCUCACGAAGGGAGUGGAUUUUACAGAACUGGUGUCAUAAACACAACAAUACUCUACUCAAUUUUAUUUAUAGAACACUUUAAAAACAACCAAAGCUGACACAAAGUUGUUUUAAAAUAUGAUAAAAGGAAAUAAAACAAAUGCCGUCUCAUGCUGGGUCAAAAGCCAAGGAGUAAAAGUGGGUUUUUGGACAAUAAUACGACAUUUACGACAAGAUUAGACCAAUCAGCUAUUUACCCCAAAUAUAAGUACUUCUUUCAGAUGUACCUCAAGAAUAAAAAACACUUCUUAUAUUCAGUUCAUUUCAAAAGCUGAAUAAUCAGUUAUCAAUCUUAGUCUUUGGUUUUUGUUUCGGCACGUGGUCACAGCUGAAUCACAGCCUCAAUGAUGUACAGUAU